CCUCCACAAAGACAAAGACAGAGUUGGAUUUGUGAUCACUUCUUCCCUACAUGCUGUGUUUGGUUCCCUCACUCACAAAACUUUUUUUAUCCCAUCUCAGAAUAACAAAACAAUGCUUCUUCUUAUUCAAUAAUAAUAAUAAUAUUACUUGUUCUUCGUAUCUGUGAUCGGAGAAGCAAUCAUCAGAACAGAUCAGAGUGUGAAAAGAUGAUGCUCCAGUUUCCCGACCUGGUGAAGAUGAAAACUAAGGAGAUGGUGUUUGAGGAUGUAUAUGGUGCGCGUGACUCUGCAACCCUGGAGCAAUUGAAAGAAUUGAGCUCAAAGCGAAGAGUGAUCGAAGAGUCUAUCAAUGAGAGCAGUUUUGUUACGGAGGCUAUUGCCAGAGAAAUGUAUGGUGGCUUCACGUCUCCCCUUCAGCAGGACCUUCACAAGCUUGAAGAGUAUCUGCCGUUACUGGAAAAUUUGAUUUUCCAUGCAGAUUUGGUUAGUAGCGAUUGGAAGAUGUUUCGAUGGACUUCAGAUCUGAAGAUACGAUGGGCUAGUUCUCUGAGUUCAUCUUCUUUCUUUAACCUUAGGGGUCCAAGAUUUUUUCAAAUUGAUAGCUUACGGUUUGAGCUUGGUAUGACCCUUUUUCUUUAUGGUGCAAUCCUUCGAGAGAGGGCUUUGGAAGUUCUGCCAACAGAUUUGGUGCAGUCUGCCACCUUAUUCAGAGAAGCUGCUGGAGUUUAUCAUCAUCUGGCUCAUGAGGUUCUUCCCAUGUUAGAGCCUGCAUUGCCUGCAGAAAGGCCACCAGAAGCAAUCUCAUCUGUGUCCACUGUCAUGAGCCUCAUUUGUAUGGCAGAGGCCCAGGCAGCAACUAUAAGGAAGGCUGAAGAAAAAGGGACUACUGUAGGGCUCUUGGCAAAGUUACACUAUGGUGUUACACAGUUACUUGACGAGGCCUAUGACAUGUUAUAUAAAGAGACUAGAGAGUGCAAAGACAUUUCUUCACGGUUUGUGGAAUUUAUAUUUUCUUGCAAUGCCCUACAUGAGUUAAGAAGUCAGAAAUUUUUGGCUGAUGGUCUGAAGAUUGCUGGCCAAGUUGGGGUUGCAGUUGGAGUUCUUCGUCUUGCACUGAGCAACAUUACAAAGAAGAUGCCAGGGGAAGAGUCGUGGAAAUCAGUGUUCAGAAAGGAAAUUGAUGAUGUUUCUGAAAUGCUUAGGAAAUUCGAGCAUGAGAAUGAAUUUGUCUGGCAUGAGAAGAUCCCUCACGGUGAUGAGUUGCCGCUACCCCAAGGUAACAAAAUUGUGAGUAUUAUACCAUAUAAUCCCAAAAGAUGGGAGAGAGAACUUGCUUUCAAGCUAUAAUUGUACAGAGAAGUGUUAUACAAAAAACCUGUCUUCAUUCCAGAAGCUUCUUGGUGUUCUCAGUCUUUUCAGUUUGGCGACUGAUGGGUGGAAUUUUUUAUACAAAAUUCUCUUAAAACACAUUUUUUCUGGUCUCUGUUCAUUAAGAUAGUGGCUGAGGUCCUUAGGCUUGCUUAGUAGUUGGUCUUGGAGUUUUAUGGACUACAAUUGCUAUGUAAAUUGCAUAAUUUAGCAGGCUC